AUGGAGGAACAGCAGCAAUUUUUUGGAAAGGUUACGCAUGUGCUUGCAAGGACUGGGGGGUCUGGGCUGCUGACACAGGUGAAGAUGGAGCUUAUGCACAAUAAGAGGACGAUCCAAAGGGCGAUCAAAGGACCUGUGGCAGUAGGGGAUAUUAUUGAGAUAUUAGAAUGCGAGCGCGAGCACCGAAAGACAAGAUAA